AUGUCCUAUAAGCAAUCCUUCUCGGAGGCCUUUCUGUCCUCGUCGAUCCAAAAUCUGCCCCGAAACCACCAUUUCCUCAAAACACCACUGAUUAAUUCGUCGUAUCUGCCGCUGGUGCAUGGUUCUGUUGCUGUUUCCCCCGCCCCGGAUAUUCUGGGUACGUCUGUUGCCGAAGGUAUGCGUCAGAUGACCCGAUCGGAUUCGGUGACGACUUCCAUCACUUACGAUGAGCAGAUCUCCAGCAUGGGCAACGCCGGUGCUGGAUUCGUAGAUUACAAGACCGUCACCAAGCACUUGGGUAAGCCCCAGGAGACACUCAAGAUGCAAGGUGGAGAUGUUGCAAGACACAUGUACCAUCAGUUGGAGAACGCAGCCAAACUGUCGCAAGAUGGACGGGACCUCCGUCGCGCGCGGCUGCUGUCGUUCUCGGACUAUCUCCUGGCUCUGCGACGCGAGUCGACGGCGAGCGAUAUCAAUGUUCCUGGUGGGUUCCGGCGUGAGUUUUUGAUCAACAAGUCCGUGCAACAGAACAGGGCGCCGCCAAACUUCUUGACGCGCAACUUCAUGGAGUUCUUGACCAUUUACGGCCAUUUUGCUGGUGAAGACUUCGACGACGAUGAGUCUGAUGAAGACUCCGAGCUGACAUACGAGGAUGUAUUCGAUGAGGAAUCUCAACUCCUUCAUGAACGUAGACGCCAGGGCGGCAGACUGUCAAGAAAGAAGGCCGAGCCACCCAAGGGAACCGCGAGCGAGCUCAAGACGUUUUUCUUGUUGUUCAAAGCUCUCGUGGGCUCUGGUGUAUUGUUCUUGCCUCGUGCCUUUUGCAACGGAGGUUUAUUGUUCUCUACGCUUACUCUCUCUGGCUUUGGUGUGUUGACUUACUUGUGUUACAUCGUCCUUAUUCACAGCAAGAGCAUCUUCAAUAAGAGCUCUUUCGGUGAGUUGGGUUAUCUUACCUACGGAAAGCCUCUCAAGUACUCGAUUAUGGUUUCGAUUAUCAUCUCUCAAAUUGGUUUCGUGGCUACUUAUAUCUUGUUUACCGCAGAAAACAUGAAUGCAUUCAUGAAGCAAGUUUUUGAUGUCACGGUCGCCAAAGGCUACAUUGUCUUUAUUCAAUGCUGCCUUCUCAUCCCACUAGUUCUCAUCAGAGACCUCACUAAGUUGUCAUUCACCUCAUUCAUCUCUUCGGUCUUCAUUCUUCUGGGACUCGUGAUCAUUUUUUACUACGCUGGCAUCCAACUUUACACCGAAGGAGUUGGUCCCAACAUUGAACAAUUCAAUGCCUCAACCUGGCCAAUGCUUAUUGGUGUUGCAGUCACGGCCUUUGAAGGUAUUGGAUUGAUUCUUCCAAUUCAAGCAUCCAUGGAGCGCCCCGAAAACUUCCCAAGAGUCUUGUUAGUCAGCAUGGUAGUCAUCACAACUCUUUUCGUUCUGAUUGGUGUUGUCGGUUACUCGGCUUUUGGAGAAAACGUGCGCUCCAUUAUUAUUUUGAACUUGGAUCAAUCCAACAUGGCAGUUCAGCUGAUUCUAGUGCUCUACUCGGUUGCUGUGUUCUUGACUGGACCUUUGCAGCUCUUUCCAGCUAUUAGAAUCGGAGAGUCGGUCAUUUUUAACUCCUCACUAUUUGUUAAAAAGAGUGAAAGAAACAACACCGAAGAGGGCAGAUUGUAUCAGACGUCUGGUAAGUACAACCCUCAUAUCAAAUGGAUGAAGAACUUUUUCCGUGCCGUCUUUGUUGUGGUUAUUUCCUUGUUAGCAUACUUGAAUUCUAACAACAUCGAUAAGUUUGUGAGUUUGAACGGAUGUUUUGCAUGUAUACCUCUUGUGUAUAUUUACCCACCUUUGAUUCACUUGAAGACCUACGAGAGGAAGCCUGACCAGUCCAAAAUUCUUCAUGGACUCGAUUACAUGAUGAUUGUCGUCGGUGUCAUGGCUGUCGUUUACACGACAUUCCAAAUCUUGUUUCAAGUGGACUAA